AUGGCAAAAGAUCUCCCUGGAGGACAUUUCACCCGAAGAAGGGACGUUAACUCACAAUCUCUACUAGAAAAUGCCUGCAACAACAAACGCCUGGACCUUGUCUUCAUCAUUGACAGUUCUCGUAGCGUACGUCCGUAUGACUUUGAAAAAGUGAAGGAGUUCAUUCUAACCAUCUUGCAGUUUCUGGACAUCAGUCCUGAUGCUACCCGAGUAGGUCUGAUUCAGUACGGCAGCACAGUCAAGCAUGAGUUCUCGCUGAAGACAUUCAGGAGGAAGCAGGAUAUUGAAAGAGCCGUGAAGAGGAUGAUGUACCUGGCAACUGGCACCAUGACUGGACUGGCUAUUCAGUACGCAGUGAACAUUGCAUUUUCAGAGUCAGAAGGAGCUCGACCUCUGAAGCAGAAUGUGCCCCGAAUUAUCAUGAUAGUGACAGAUGGGAGACCUCAGGAUCCAGUGGCAGAGAUUGCUGCUAAAGCUCGUAACUCGGGUAUCCUGAUUUUUGCCAUUGGAGUGGGAAGAGUAGACAUAAACACGCUGAAGUCCAUCGGGAGUGAGCCGCAUGAGGAGCAUGUGUUUCUGGUGGCUAAUUUCAGUCAGAUUGAAACACUGACCUCUGCGUUCCAGACUAAACUUUGUGUGCCCCAUAUGUGCAGUACAGUUGAGCAUCACUGUGAUCACUUCUGCAUAAACACCCCAGGCUCCUACGUAUGCAGAUGUAAACAAGGAUACAUCCUGAAUGCUGACCAGAAGACUUGCAGCACUCAGGACCUUUGUGCUGUGGAGAAACAUGCCUGCGAACAGAUUUGUGUGAACACACCUGGGUCUUAUGUCUGUCAGUGUUACGAAGGAUAUGAGCUUGACGCCAAUGGAAAGAAUUGUGUUGUUGUAGACUACUGUGCUUUGGAUAACCAAGGUUGCCAACAUGAAUGUGUUAACACCGAGGACUCCUAUUACUGUAGAUGCCACACAGGGUUCAUUUUAAAUCCAGACAAAAGAACUUGCAGAAGACCGGACUAUUGUGCUCUUCAGGACCAUGGCUGUGAACAAGAAUGUGUUAAUACAGAUGAUUCCUAUUUUUGUCGAUGCCAAGAAGGGUUUAGACUUAAUCCAGAUAAGAAAACAUGCAAAAAAGUAAACUUCUGUGCUUUAGGUCAGCAAGACCGUGAACACGCAUGUGUUAACAUGGAAGAGUCAUUUGUGUGCAAAUGUCAUCCUGGAUACGCCCAAAGACAUGAUGGCAAUACGUGCAGAAAUGAGUGUGUCUCAUGA